UGAGUUCUUUGUGUUGUACUGGUAGCGGAUGUGUAGUGGGGCAGUGUGGGUGUGGAUAAGGUGUAGUUUGAUGAGUAGUUGAGUAGAUUAUUUUGCGGUUGUGAAGUCUGAUGGUUGAGGACUGACAGUGGUUUUCAAAGACUGUUAAAGGCUUAAAGCUCAGUGUGAGUGUUUUGCUUUGACACGUGUUAUAGGCUGUUUGGAAGAAUAGUUUAUUUACAUUACGCCUGUACGUCACGUGCCUGACUGACUUUAAACAACUAGCAACAUGUUAGGUUCUUCGACAUUGCAGUACCUGUCUGAUAUAUUUUGGAGUGCAUCAUUCUGGCUCCCUCCAAAUGUGAAGUGGAGUGACAUAGACCCCCAGAAAGGAUAUGCAAACCCUAGGGAUUUGCUUCUUCCUAUUCCACUUGCCGCAAUCUUUCUCUGCGUCAGAUAUAUCUGCGAAAGGUACUGGUUCGCUCCUGUUGGCAUAACACUAGGAAUAAAAAAUACGAAGCGGACGAAAGCUGUGCCAAAUGCAAAGCUUGAGGCUGCUUACGCAGGAAAGAAAAAACUGAAGCACCGGGAGUUGGUAGCCUUGGCAAAGCAGUUAGAUUGGUCGGAAAGACAAGUUGAGAGAUGGUGGCGUCACAGGCAUGCACAGGAUAAGCCUUCCACGCUAGUCAAGUUUUGUGAAUCAAGUUGGCGCUGGCUGUACUAUACAUAUUCCUUUAUCUAUGGAAUGUACUGCCUGUGGGAUAAGCCAUGGCUGUGGGACAUAAACGAGUGCUGGUACACCUACCCUUACCAGAAGGUGACGACUGAUUGUUGGUGGUAUUACAUGUCUUCGCUGGCAUUUUAUUGGUCAUUGGCUGUAUCACAGUUCUUUGACAUAAAGCGUAAAGACUUUUGGCAAAUGUUCAUCCAUCACAUUGCUACUAUAAGUCUGAUGUCUUUCUCAUGGAUGUGUAACUUGCACCGUAUUGGUACUUUGGUGUUAUUGGUACACGACUGUGCUGAUAACCUGCUAGAGGCUGCAAAAUUGGCUAAAUAUGCAAACUACCAGAAACUUUGUGAUGGCCUCUUCAUUAUUUUUACAAUUACUUGGAUUGUUUCACGCUUGGGUGUAUAUCCAUUUUGGGUAAUAAGGAGCAUCACCCAUGAUGCUCCAGUUAUAGUCGCUUUGUUCCCAGCCUAUUAUAUAUUCAAUUCAUUGCUGAUUUUGCUUCUGGGUCUACAUUGCAUAUGGACUUACUUCAUAUUGAAGAUUGCGUUUAAGUCUUUACAAGCUGGUCAGAUGGAGGGUGACAUUCGAAGUUCAUCUAGUGAUGACAGCCUGUCUGAAGACUUGGAUCAUGACAGUCAGGUUGGCUCAAAAAACCAGAAUUUAGUUGGCAAUGGUACAGUAACUGCUGCCACUGCUGUUGCUGCUUCUGCUACUACUACUGCUGCUGAUUAACCCCAUCAAUAAUGUGGAGUGUGCAUGGCUGUGCUUUCAUAAUUAGAUGCAGUGAAAGGACUGGAGCUCAAAAUGAUACAAAGUAUGCAAUGUAAUUGAAUGCACUGUUAUAACAAUAUUCAUCACAGAACUGGGUUGCAAAUCUGAAACCUUUAACUAAAACGAUCAGUGCAGUGCUUGUGCCUGUGGAGUACAGCUUACAAAGUGAAACCCUAUCAGGCAUUGUAUCAGUGCUAUGUGGGUGUACCACAAGACCAAGAAUUGGAUUUGUUGUCUCCCCCCCUCCUCCCAUUUGGUGUGUGUGUGUGUGUGUGUGUGUGUGUGUGCGAAUUUGUUCAUGUGUGUGUCCAUGUUUUUUAUGUAAUUGAGUGUUUAUUGUACUGAACUGAAUAUAAAAUAUUACUGUGUUAUUAGAACAGAAGAAUGUGAAAGUCUACAUUUUGUGAUAUAUGGCUGUAAAACAUGAACAUUUAAUUUAAACUGUGUAUUAUAACCAAAUGAAAUUUUAUGGUAGUAAUAAAUUUUUGCAAUCAUAUUCUGAUACUUUCACAGAAAAUGGAGUUUUUUUUUUGUUAAAUUACUGUUUUUGGUGAAGCCAGUUUUGGUUGUGAAAUGAUUGUAACAGGAAGCUACUGGAGUUGUAUAGAUUUCAUUUGUGAAGUAGAGAUCAGUUUCUCAUUUACAGUCACUUUAUGUGUUAAAUGUAUCCUUGUCAAGGACUAAUGAUUAUAAAAUGCUACAGCAUAUGGAAUUGUGUGGUGUAUGAGACCAGUGAAAAUUAUUAUAAAAUAUGACUAUAUUAUUCAGUUAUUAAAAACAGUAAAACAGUCUUUCGGUAUUGGUUUCAUUGUGAUGACUGAAAUGCGUAUAAAAUGGCAGCUACUCAUAAGAUGGCAUAAGUUGCAGCUGAUAUCUGUUAGCAGAGCAGUAUAAUUAGUCUUCUGGAGACUAUUUAUUAAUGUGUUCAGUAUUUCACAUUACUGUUUAUAUAAUUUGCACUUGAUAUGAAUAUAUUUUUUUAAAUAA